AUGACACUGUCACUGGAUGUCCAUCAGCGCGUUCACCCGCACAUCUGGUCCAUCAACCACCUUCCCUUCAAUACAUUCGCCGCGCUGCCUGUACCGAAACCGGUCGGUGGAGUGCUUAUUCUCGCCAACAAUGCGCUGAUUCACCUGAACCAGGGCCUGCCUCCGUACGGAAUUUCCCUGAACUCCUUCAACCGCAGCAACACCUCCUUCCCGCUGAAGACGUACGACGGCCUGACGAUCAGUCUCGCCGGGUGCCAGGCCUGUUUUAUAUCGAACAAUAAAAUAUUGCUAAGUCUGUGUACGGGCGACUUGUAUUUGCUCAAUCUACACAAUGACACCACGCGCAGCCUGAGAACGUUCAACUUUAUCCACCUUGCUUCAUCUGUGAUCUGCACGACGCUGACCAAGUGCGAAGAAGGCUUCCUCUUUCUCGGAUCUCGCCUCAGCCACUCGGUGCUGCUGUACUUCUAUGAAAAGGACAAAUCAAAGUCUGAGGCGGCCAAUGAAAAGUCAACUUUAAACUCUAAUCAGGCUCUGGCCAAGCUGAUCGCCUCACCGGGUUUCGAUGAGACCAUUUCGGAGGAUGAAUGGCUUUACGGUGCAGAGUUUUGCGCUUUGCAGAAGAGGAUCAAGCUGGAGCAAGUUGAGCGGGUCAAGCCGACAGUUGUGUUGCCAGAAAAUAAGGAGGAGGAACAACAGCAGCCCAGCGAAGAGCAGCAACAAAACUCGACCGAAGCUUCUUCGGUUGAGGAAAAGCCAGAAGAGAAAGAGCAAGUCGAUGCUGUGAAGGUCAACGGAGACGAUGACGCUGAAAAGCCUUCAAAAGAACCCACCAACGACGAUGAGGAAGCUGUUGAAGAGGCAGUUCCAAUGGAAACGGAAACAGAAGAACAACAAAUGGUAGUCAGCGCCACUGACCACCUGCUGCGAGUGUACGAGAGCGCAGAGAAGGAGCAGUGUCUGCUGGUGCUCUGUGACACGCUCUUCAACCUCAGCCCCUGCAUCAGCUCCUGCCUGGGCGAGCCGAACUUCAGCUGCGACAGCUGGGCCAACGUGCAGGACUUUGAGGUGGAGCUGAUCACCGCGGGCGGCUACGAGCAGGCAGGGGCGCUGAACAUUCUGCAGCGGACGAUCAAGCCGCAGAUUGAGACCAGCUUCCACCUGCCCGGCUGCUCCGACGCCUGGACGGUGUACGGGCCGACGAACUACGCCGACGAGGAGGCGCAGCGGCAGCAGCAUCAGCAGCAGCCGCACGAGUUUCUCAUCCUCAACCAGGAGGAGGCGACCAUCGUCUUCCAGGUGGGCCAGGAGAUCAACGAGCUGGAGCAGAGUGGCUUCAUCACCCAGAGCAGCACCGUCUUCACCGGCAACCUGGGCGCCAACAAGUACAUUCUGCAGGUGUGCUCGCACAGCGUCCGCCUCCUCGACAGCACCCACGAGCUGCAGCACUUUCCCCUCGACCUGGGCUCGCCCAUCGUCCACACCUCACUCGCCGACCCCUACGCCGUCCUCAUGACCGCCAACGGACAGCAGGUGCUGCUCCUCUGUCUCAUCAUCGACUCGAAGAACGGCUCCGCAAGGCUGGUGGUCAGCAAGCCGGACCUGUCGACGGCUCGCUCCAAGAUCACCGCCCUCUGCGUCUACAAGGACGUCAGUGGGCUGUUCAGCACGGAAAACACUAGCAGCAAGACGGCGGCGGAGAGCAAUGGUGGUGGCGUGAAGACGCGCAAAAGCGCCGCCAAGAGCGGUGGCAAGGCGGCCACGAAGACGCCCUCACUCGCCUCGACGCUGUCCAACCUGAACUGCGCCAGUACGGCGGAUGAGGAGGAUGAGCUGCUGUACAGCGACUCGACGGUCUGCUUCCUCGGACCGGAUGAGGCCAAUGCUGAGAAGGACAACAGUGCGGGCAAAGAUGAGGAGGAAGAGGAGGAAGGAGGAGGGGCGAAGGACCUGAAGCUGACCACCAUGGCCGCCCAGGAGCCCACCUUUUGGCUCUUUUUCGUGCGUCAAAACGGAGUGCUGGAGAUUUACACACUGCCUGACUUCAAGCUGGUCUACCUGGUGAAGAACUUUCCCCUCGGACUGCGCGUUCUAGUGGACAGCAUUCAGACGACCGACCACUCCUUCCACAAUAGCCAGGUGGACGCCUCCUCGAUGCCGAUCACGCUGGAAAUUCUCGCCCUCGGAAUGGGCCUCAAUCAGACGCGACCCUUUCUUUUUGCCCGCUUUGAGGAGGAGCUGUUCAUCUACGAGGCCUUUGCCUUCUUCGAGUCGCUGGUGGACAACCACCUGAAGCUGCGAUUCAGACGGCACCUGGCGCACAACACACUACUGCACUACCCACAGCUGGGCCUCAGCAAGGAGGAGUACGAGAGCACCUUUGGCGGCAAACCUCGCCCGCUCACCUCCAGCUGGCUACGGCCCUUCUCCAACAUUGGCGGCUACGCGGGCGUCUUCCUCUGCGGCCACUUUCCCUGCUGGUUCCUGAUGACGCCUCGGGGGGAGCUGCGCGCCCACAGCAUGGAGGUGGACGGCGUGGUGACCAGCUUCGCCAUGUUCAACAACAUCAGCUGCCCAAAUGGCUUUCUCUACUUCAACGAGGAGGAGGAGCUGCGCUUUUCAGUGCUGCCGUCGCAGUUCGACCUGGACGGCCACUGGCCCACCCGGCACGUGCACAUCGGCAGCACCGUUCGCUUCGUGGGGUACCACGUGGAGAGCAAGACGUACGCCCUGGUGAUGAGCCGACAGGUGAAGGUGGAGCGAAUAGUGCGCGUCGGCGGCGAGGAGAAGGACUACGACCCGGUGGAGGCGGGCACCGGCUACAUCCACGCCACGACGGAGCAGUUCGAGCUGCAGCUGGUCUCCCCGGUCAGCUGGGAGUUCAUCCCGGGGACGGCCAUUCCGCUGGAGGAGUGGGAGCACGUCACCUGCAUGAAGAACGUCCUCCUCUCCUCGGAGGGCACCAGCUCCGGCCUGAAGGGCUACGUGGCCAUGGGCACCAACUACAACUACGGCGAGGACGUCACCAACCGCGGCCGCAUCUGGAUACUGGACAUCAUCGAGGUGGUGCCCGAGCCGGGCAAGCCGCUGACGAAGAACAAGAUCAAGACCACCUACUGCAAGGACCAGAAGGGCCCGGUGACGACGCUCUGCCAGGUCAAGGGCUACCUCCUCUCCGCCAUCGGCCAGAAGAUCUACAUCUGGCAGCUGAAGGAGUCAGACCUCAUUGGCAUCGCCUUCAUCGACGCGCAGAUCUACGUCCACACGGCCAUCUCUCUGCGCAACCUCAUCCUCAUCGCCGACGUGCACAAAUCGAUCUCACUGCUGCGCUACCAGGAGGAGACGCGCACGCUGUCGCUGGUCAGCCGCGACCAGAAGCAGCUGCAGGUCUUCUCCUGCGAGUACAUGAUCGACAACUCGCAGAUGAGCUUUGUGGUGUCGGACACCUCCAAGAACCUCAUCAUCUACUCCUACCAGCCGGACAUGCUGGAGAGUCUGGGCGGCACUAAGCUGCUCCGCCGGGCGGACUUUCACUUUGGCGCCAAUGUCAACUCCUUCUUUCGUAUUCGCUGCAGUUUGCCCUCCAAGCGCAUGGACAGUCGGCUGAAGCAGACGUACCUGCGGAGGCACAUCACCAUGUUCUCCACGCUGAACGGCACCCUCGGCUACCUGUUGCCCAUCUCCGAAAAGACCUACCGCCGGCUGUUGAUGCUGCAGAAUCUACUGACCACCAAUCUGCAGCACAUUGCCGGCCUCAAUCCGAAAGCUUAUCGCAUGAUUCGAAUGCAACGGUUGGACCUCUGCAAUCCCAGCAAAAACAUUCUCGAUGGCGACCUCCUCUUCAAGUACUUUAACCUGUCGAUGAAUGAGAAGGUUGAGCUGGCCAGGAAGAUCGGCACCAGCAUCAAACAGGUGGUUGAUGAUCUUCAGGAAAUUCAGUGCAUCUCAUCGCAUUUCUGA